AUGGCACAGUCAAAUCAUACUAUUAAGGAUGUGUAUAAUGACAUUUUUACGAUAAAUGACUAUUUUUAUGAGACGGAGAAUGGUCAAUUAAUAGAUAAUACAAACAGCAAUGAUUUAAUCCACAAAUAUUGUCAUUACGAUAAUCACUCAGGAAAUGGUAAAUGUAAUGAUUAUUUUCAAAGGGUUAGUUCUGCUAUUAUUCAUUUGUUAGAAAUGUUAAAGGACAAAUUAGAUUCAAAAUAUGAUAAACUUGCCGAAUACGCUAUUUUAUGGUUAAGUUAUAAACUAAAUGAAAAGCCAAAGGAUAAAUUGACCGAUUUAAAUAAAUUUUAUACUCAAUAUAUAGAAAAAAAUAAUGAUUAUAAUAAGAAUAUAAAUGGUGAUGAUAAUAUGACUUAUAAGAAUAUUAUAGAUAAAAAAAAAUAUUUGAUGAAUAUUAAAGAAAUAUCAAAAUUUAAUGAUCCAUUUGGGAUGUUAUUAUCAUUGUAUUAUUUAAUUAACAAUAAAAAACUGAAUUGCACAAACUAUUUGGAAAAAGCUAAUGAAUUUGCUGAUCAAUUUAAAAACCUCAAUAAAGAUUCUAAUAAUACAAAAGACAGUCCAUUUAUUCAAAUAUUAUCUACAUUAUCAAAUGAUUAUGAAAAUAUAAAAAAUAUAUAUCAUGAAAAGAAAUCUUGCGAAUUUCCAUCUCUUUCAAAAAUAGAACCUAAAGAAAUUCCUGUAAAAAAUUCUGAAAAAGGUUCUGGACAAUCAUUGGGGGUCACUUUUGAAGUUACAUCAUCAAGUUCGUCGAUAUUAAACACUAUAAUUCCAGGUUUAUCGACAUUUGCAAUACCGGUUUUCUUGGGAGUUGCUUAUAAGUAUUCAUUAUUUGGAAUUGAUAAAUUAUUUCAAAGACAAUAUAUAAGAAACAAAUUAAAAAAAACAAAGAAGAAAAUGGAACUUAAUAUAUGA